AAGGCAAAGGUAAAAAUCAGAAACAACAAGAACUCUCGCUCUUCUUCUCCCCCCCCUCCGAAUUUUCCCGAGAAAAUCAGAUAUACCCCAACCCAAGAGUCCAAGACAACAGCACUCAUGAUCCCCAAACCCUAAUUACGCCUCUGACUACGAUGAUGCCAAUCCAUGACCUCUUAUCAUUAACUUCCAGAAUUACUUUCUCAAUCUCAGUUAUAAAUGGAACCAGACCGCAUCCUCUCUCCAGACCCAUCCACAUCAAAAUCAAAACCAACCGAAUCGGAGAAAGAAAAAUUCAUCGAAUGGGAAGAUUACGAGCACGAAGUUGCAAGAUUAUGGAGUCUCUCUUCUUCUCUCAACGAAUCUAAACAAAAGAAGCAAAAUUUUGAACAGAAACUUCGCUCCCUUAUUCAAGUGAAGGAGGAGGCUUUAAGUAGAUUGAAUAAAUUGGAGGAGAUGAAGGAAAGGGUGGAGGCUAGGAAAUUGGUGAUAGAAAGAAUUAAAGGGCAAUCUAAGGUUGCGGCGGAGAAUUCGACAAAAGAAGAGGAGAGGCUUAGUUCGGAAGUUCGAUCAUUAUUAGUUGCUGGCACCGCGCUUUCUGUGGCUAGUAAGCAAUUGCAGGAUUCAAGAAGGUCACUUGCCGGAGAAAGGGGAUAUGUUCGCCUCACAAAGUUGCAGAAGAAGCUAAGACUGAGACAACAAUUUAUGAUAUCACAAGUUUCAUUGCUUUAUCCUAUUAAGAUAUCAGCUGGACCUUCAGAGGAGCAGGAACUUGAAUCUUUCCCAAGCAGUAGUAAAUCAGGGAACUAUGUUGGUUCUAAACCCGUUAAUCAAGGAUCCUUGACAAUUUUAGGUCUGAAUUUGACGAUGGCUCCCUUUACAAAGAUGAGUUUUUUCACUGACAAGAAGGAGGUUCAGAGGUCUGCUAGUGCCCUCGGACACGUUGCUCAUGCUGUUUCACUUAUUGCCUCGUACUUAGAAGUUCCUUUGCGUUACUCUUUACGUUUGGGUGGUUCCAAUUCCUAUAUUAUUGAUUGUGCACCUUCAGUAGAGUCAUCUGAUUUGUUGUCAAGUACAAUGUUGACUGCAAAUACAAAACCUGUUGAAUUUCCCCUCUUUUUAGAAGGUCAAGAUACCACGCGAGCAGCAUAUGCUGUAUUCCUUUUAAACAAGGAUCUGGAGCAGCUUUUAAAUUACAUUGGUGUUAGAAGUUUAGGACCACGGCAUGUAUUGGCUAAUUUGAAGGAGCUUACAAGGACAAUUCAGUCAGCAGAAUUCUUAGACUCAUGAUCCGAUCUCCCAAUCUUGACUUUAAAGUUAGUGCUUCUUUUGUAAAUGGAUACCUGUAUUCUUACAUAGGUGCGAGUUUUUGAUGCAGCACCAUGUCAUAGAUCUUCAUCUAUUACCACUUUUUAUUGAUAAAAGCAUGGUCAAUAUGGAUUCUUUUUCUAGGA